AUGGACAGCCCAGGGGCUAAACAUCGCAGUGCUCCAGUCAAGGGUACAGUACACAAUAUCCUGUCAUCACCCUACAUUAUCAAGGGAUAUAUUGCUGAGAGAAAUGAAUGCUCCAUAGCUACCCGGCCACGGAGCUCCACCAAAGGGCCCCUAGAUGUUCCAGAUGAGUACGAUCCAAUCUGCUCCGAAGCGAAAGCGCUGGAGGAUCUAAGUUCUGCGUUUUACAUUGUCGAUACCAAGCCGGAAAACGAGAUGACAGCCAAUGACACUGUUCCAGAUGAUCAAACUCGACAUAUUGUACCAUGGCCUCUUCGUGUUCUUGCAGCGAGGUUACAAAGUAUUGGAUUCGGCGACUCAAGACGAGGUAUUGCUGCCUUAUACGAGCUUGGAUUAGAAGCUAGAAAAUAUCUAUCGCGCCAAGUACUUGCGGGGGAUGAAAGGGAUAUUUGGAAAACUAGGUUGGCAGAUUUGGGGAUCAGAGUUGUGAAUUCGUUAAUAGAAAUGAACGACUUAGACGCUGCGCGAAGGUCACUCGCAAACUUAAAAGCCCCACCCAAGGAGCAAGCUUUAACGACCACACGGAUGGUGCUGUUAUAUCUCAAAGUUGGGGAUGUUGAAACUGCUCGAAAACUUCUAGAUAAUACUCCAAUCGAAGCGGAUGGGGCUUUGCACUGUCUGUUAGAUAUGGCGGAAGGUCGAUAUGAGGAGGCAGCUGCGGGGUGGGAGGCCCUUCGCGCAAGCCACAUUGGACAUGAGGAUGCAGCUCUGAUCAUACAAAAUCUCGCUGUGUGCUUAUUAUAUACAGGAAAGCUAAAUGAGUCCCGCGACCUCCUUGAAUCGUUGGUAAACAACAAUUAUUCUUUUCAAAGUCUCACGUUCAAUCUGGCAACGAUAUAUGAACUAUGUUCUGAAAAGUCUAGGCUUCUCAAAUCCAACUUGACUGAAAGGAUAGCCCAGCAGCCGCCGUCAAGAUAUCGGAAUUGGGAAAAGCCGAAUACGGACUUCAAGAUAUAA